UGUGUUAGCCAAAUGUUUUUUGUGUUCAAGGAAAAAUCUAAAUAUUUUUUUCUAAAAGUCAUAGCUCCCAGCCACCUACUGUAUGUCCCUGGCGGAUGCAGAAAUGUCAACUGAAGAAGCUGCUCCACCUAGUGUACAAGCACCAAACAGAAGCCAGACGUCUGCUACUGGAGACGUGUCUGCUGAAGAAGCCUCACACAGAAGAGAGCUUCGCCUGAUGAAGAGCAGGGAAGCUUCACGGGAAUACCGUAGGAAGCAGAAGGAAUACAUACAAUCUCUUGAAAACCGCAUUGCUGACGUGGAAAAGGAAAACAAGACACUCAUCCAGCAAAGGCAUUUUACCUACUUAGAGCUCAAAGUCACCAAGCUAAAGAGGAAAAUGAGAAGCUAA